AUGAGUUUUCCAUCGUUGAGUUCUUCUCCGGAUGAAUUUCUCGUCCCAAUCGAAAUUUCGUAUACAAAUGUGAUUUAUCCAACCGAUGUUUUCCAUAAAGAUAAUGGUAAUAUUAGUAUAAUCAAUUAUUUCCAAAGAAAAAAUGAAUUAAAAGCCAUUGAUGAUAAAAAGGCGAUUCAGAACAAACAAAAAAGGAUUAUACCAUUAGAGAAAGAGAAAUUGGCGGUGAAUUCUUAUCUUAUUCUCGAAUUUACACGUGUUUUCCAACAUCCACGUUUCUGUUCACAUAAAAAACACGACAUUUUCGGACGAACGUGUCCCUAUACGAAUUGUGAAUACACAUGUGAUCUCAAACGUGAAAACGAAUCAAAUGUACUUCUAAUGCACAAACGUGAUUUAAAUUUCGAGCAACUCGAAAAAAUGACCCGUAAUCCGGAACAAAUCUGGCUUCUAUGGCAUGACGAAUCUAACGAACAGUCAGAAAACAUCAAUCGCUUCAAAUUCAACUGGACGGUGACAUAUCGGACGAGUGCAGAAGCGUCCUUAGGUGCAUACGGUAUAACUAUUGUCAAACCGAAACCAUGGUCGAUUAAACAAUUGAACUCAUGGAUCGACAGUCAAUUCACCACUAGAUAUAAUCAAGCUGUCUGGUUUGUAUCGAACUGUCGACCGCAAAAGCGUUUGGCGAAAUUUCGUUCAUUCCGUCAGCAUUAUCCGGUUGCUGCAUUCGGCAAAUGUAUUUCUCCGAACAAUUCAUUUUCUCUCAACGCUCAAUCUCAAUCGACAAAAGAUUGUGAUCGUCAGUCGUCCUGUGAAAAAGCCUAUCUAACAAAAUCGAAGUUUUACCUUGCUUUUGAAUCACAAUCCUGUACGGACUACAUCACAGAGAAAUUCUGGCGUACACUCUCCGUCGGCGCCAUACCAAUCGUUAGCGGACCUGAACGAGAGAAUUUUGCGCGUAUUGCACCGCCUCAUUCGUUUAUUCAUGUCAAUGAUUAUUCCUCCGACAAAGAACUAGCCGAUGCGUUGCAUUCAAUCGAACAAAAUCGAACUUUGUAUGGAAAAUAUCAUGCAUGGAGAAUGUAUUAUGAUGUUUACUACGAAGCGAAAGAUGUAGAUCCGUAUCGAUUUUGUGAAUUAUGUUAUCGAUUGAAUACUAAUCGACAACGAAUUUGGUACGAGAAUAUCAACGAAUGGUUUUUGGAGAAAUGUUGA